AUGACUGAGGUUGUUCAUGUCAAGGACAGAAAGGAGGCCAUUCAUGAGUUAAAAUACUCCCCUGAUGGGGCGCACCUGGCUGUGGGCUCCAAUGAGAACUCGGUGGAUAUUUAUGGAGUUGUACAGCGCUACAAGAAAGUGGGAGAGUGCAUUGGCUCUACCAGUUUCAUAGCCCAUAUGGACUGGUCUGCAGACAGUGGUAAGGAGGUCACUAAUAAAGAAGAGUUCAAACUGGUGCAGUGGUCCACCUGGACCUGCUCAUUGGGUCCAGAAGUGAAUGGAAUAUUGCCUAAAUAUUCGGAUAUUAAUGAUAUUAAUUCAGUAGAUGCAAACUUUAAAAAUCAAGUUUUAGUCACUGCCGAUGAUUAUGGAUCAGUAAAACUUUUUCGAUAUCCUUGUUUAAAGAAAGGUGCAAAGUUUAAAAAAUAUUUAGGUCAUUCAGCUCAUAUAACAAAUGCCAGGUGGUCCCAUGAUUACCAGUGGGUUAUUACUAUUGGCGGAGUGGAUCAUUCUGUAUUCCAGUGGAAGUUUAUCCCAGAAAGAAAAUCAAAAGAUGCCCUUCAUAUAGCAAUAGCACCUCAAGAAACCUUAACAGAAUCCCACAGUGAGGAAUCGGAUUCGGAUCAGUCAGAUGUGCCAGAGAUGGACUCAGAAAUUGAGCAGGAAACCCAGCUCACUUAUCGACGACAGGUUUACAAAGAAGAUCUACCUCAGCUUAAAGAGAAAUGCAAAGAAAAACAGAGAGCAUAUGCAGCAAAGAAAAGGGUGAGCCCUCCGACAAGCAGCAUUCGACUGCACUUCAUCCACGGGUACAGGGGUUAUGACUGCAGGAGCAACCUCUUUUAUACCCAGACUGGGGAGAUUGUGUACCACGUGGCGGCAGUGGGAGUGGUGUACAAUCGGCAGCAGAACACACAGCGCUUCUACCUGGGACACGAUGAUGACAUUCUGUGUUUGGCCAUUCACCCACUGAAGGACUAUAUUGCAACCGGCCAGGUGGGACGCGAUUCCUCCAUUCAUAUAUGGGACUCUGAGAUGCUGAAAACCUUGUCAAUAUUAAAAGGGCACCACCAGUAUGGAGUGUGUGCUCUUGAUUUCUCAGCGGAUGGUAAGUGCGUGGCUUCAGUGGGACUCGAUGACAAUCACACUAUUGUUCUGUGGGACUGGAAAAAAGGAGAAAAACUGUCAGCAAUCAGCAAAGAUAAAAUCUUUGUCAUCAAGAUGAAUCCAUACAUGCCUGAGAAGCUCAUUACAGUAGGAAUAAAGCAUAUCAAAUUCUGGCACAAAGCAGGUGGAGGUCUUGUUGGGAGGAAAGGAAACAUGGGGAAGACUGAAACAAUGAUGUGUGCUGUGUACGGCUGGACAGAGGAGAUGGUCUUCUCAGGAACCUCAACUGGGGACAUAUGCAUCUGGAGAGACAUGUGUCUGAUUAAAACCAUCAAGGCGCAUGAUGGGCCUGUCUUCAGCAUGCACGCCUUGGAGAAAGGGUUUGUGACAGGAGGGAAGGACGGAGUUGUGGCUCUCUGGGACGACACCUUUGAGCGUUGCAUCAAAACCUACGCUGUCAAGCGAGCUGUGCUUGCACCUGGCUCCAAAGGUCUGUUGCUGGAAGACAACCCUUCUAUCCGUGCCAUAUCAUUAGGUCAUGGUCAUAUUUUAGUGGGUACAAAGAACGGAGAAAUCCUAGAGGUUGAUAAAAGUGGACCAAUAACCCUACUGGUUCAGGGUCACAUGGAGGGGGAAGUGUGGGGCCUGGCCACUCAUCCUCAUUUACCGAUCUGUGCCACUGUCAGUGAUGAUAAAACCCUUCGUAUAUGGGACCUCUCCCCAAGCCACUGCAUGCUAGCUGUUCGAAAGCUCAAGAAGGGGGGCCGGUGCUGUUGCUUCUCGCCCGAUGGGAAGGCUCUGGCUGUUGGACUCAAUGAUGGAAGUUUUCUCAUAGUAAACGCAGAAACACUUGAAGAUCUCGUCUCUUUUCACCACAGAAAGGAUGUCAUUUCAGACAUUCGGUUUUCUCCAGGUGCUGGUAAAUACCUUGCCGUGGCCUCCUGUGACGGCUUUGUGGAUAUUUACAACGUAAUGAGCAGCAAGCAGGUCGGAGUCUGUAAAGGGUCACAGAGCUACAUAACUCACCUGGACUGGGACAAGAGAGGUAUGGGCAUCAACACACAUAUGCCUUUGUGA